UUUAACACCGGUAUAACUUCCUUCAACAAGUUUGAUUGUUUUUUUCCCUAAUAUCUUGUUUUUCCAGAAUAUUUACCAAUUUAUUUUUCGUGACCACGAUUACAAACGUUAUUUCAGAUGUAUGACUUUCACAUAUGACUACUGUUAAUAUGAAAUCCGAAGUGAAUACGAUGAAUUCCAAGGUUCAAUGUGAAGCAAGGAUUUUGCCGAAACGCAGAGUGUCAAAAACACCAUCGCAUCUUCUUGAAAAUGGAGGUUUCAACGAAGCCGAUUUGACAUUAGCGAUUCAAGAAAGCCUAAAAAGCGCCAGAAAAAGUCAAAAAAGGGAAUCGGAAAUAAAAGAAAAUAGUGUAAGCUGUCACUCGACAAGCGAGAAUAAUCAAACGAGAAUGGCGGGCAAGCUGAGCAACAAUGACUGUUCGCAGCAAGAAAUAAAACACCUCAAAGAGCUCCUGUUGUUGCAUCUCGAAAUGAUUCGACACCAGGAGCAAUUACUUGUCGCCAAAGAUCAAGAAAUCAAGACACUUCAGUCGGAAAAAGAAGCGUUGCACUGUCGUUUGGAUCGGAUGGACAGACGCAUGUCAUUGCUUAAGCAGAAGGAUGAGCCGUUUGAGACGUCUAUAGUUAAAGAAAAUGUUAACGAGUCUCCUCCAACACUUACAUCAGAAAAGCCGCACAAGAGAAAAAUCCCCACCGAUUCACACUCGUCUAGGAAGCGGAUUCACUCGUCAAGUGAUACACCACGUGAGAGAACAAACAAACAAACAAAACUUGUUUUUGACAGAGCUCCUGACAGAUUACCUGCUGGCGGUGUUGCAGAAAACAUUCGGUCUAGGAACAGUUCCGCUGAAUCUGUUGGUCGGAAUUAUUCCAGUGAACCUGGUGAUAGGAAUGUAUCCGAACCAGGCGCGGGAGAGAUGGAGACGCUGUUAAAAACCGACAGUCUCUAUCAUAUCAUGUGCUGUGAACCCCAUUCUUUCAGAAUUUCAAACAUUUCUCUAAGUGAAGCGGAGACCAAGGCUCAAGCCCAAGGAAUAGGUACGCAUUGUACAAGAUUGCUGGAGACCCCGAGCUGGCGCUACGUGACAUACACAAAUCUCUAUCAAAUGGAAGGAACCGAGAAUAUUGAAGAUGAAACAAUUUUUAAGCGACAUCAAAAGCCUGAAAUGGAGGAAAGGAAAAGAAAACGCUGGGAUCUUCAGCGACUCCGCGAGCAGCGAGCGUUGGAGAAACUACAGGAGAGAUACCGCCAGAAUCACCGGUCUGUAGACGAGGGUCCGUCCGGUCGGAAACGCGACUCGAAUGAAGGAGAGGUGGACACGCUACAUCCAUGUUUAGAAGACAUAACACAUCUGGAGGUAUCGGACAGGUUAACAGUGAAUGCUUUUGGGCAACCGCUACCAUACAUGAAACAAACGGACUUCGACCUUCCCUGGGAUUCUAACGAACAUGGCACAUCAUUCCGAAAGUCAUCCUCUUGUCGUUCAUUACGGAGGUAAUGCUGGAAGAUUUCUCUUAAUCCUGAAGGACAGCUGGCUGUCCCGUUUAAAUUAAUGGUUUCAUUGUACGUUUUUUUGUUACAUUUGUUGGUGUUGUUCCAUGAUUUCACGUCAUGUUCACUGGAGGAAGAAGGUGAAAACGGUGAUUUGAUUGUACAUUUAAUCAUUCUAUUUACCGUAUUCAUUGUUUAUCAUUAAAACCCUGUCAUAAAUUUUUAUAUAGCAGGAUAAAAAAAAAAGAAAAGAAGAUUCAUUAGCUGUAUAUUUUGAUGCCCAUUUUGAAACAUGUUCUUUGUCUAGGAUCAAAUUUGUGGUUGUACAUAUGUGUGUAUGUAUCUUCAUGAAUAAACAUUUUAUCAAUACUAAACUAAUUCCACUUUAUAAUAAAACAUACAUGAGACCUGUACAUCAAAUACAUUUUACAAUUUAAUUGUUAUCCUCUCAUUUAUUUGACAAUACAUCAAAUGUGGAAGAAAUAACUAAUUAAGCAUACAUGAAUAUUGACACCAUUUUCAACCUUCAUUAAAAGUUUUCUGUACCAUACCUGUUUUACCCCGAUAGAAACCCUGCAAGCCAAAUCAAAAAGAAAGAAAAAAAGGUUUUAAGAUUCAGAUAAUGUGUCUAUUGUUUUAAUGUACAAGUAAUAGAUGUGUCUGUCUGCAAGACGGCAGCAGUAGUUAAAUGUUUGGGGUCAAUAUUAAAUCCUCUGAGAACAAGACAGCUAUUUCACUGCCUAAAUUACAUCGACCAUCAUACAUUGUCGUCCAGUGCCAAAAUAAAAUAAAAUGUGUAACAAAGAUUUUAUUAUUAAUGCAUGUGUCAUAUUAUUCAGUAGUAGUGUAUAAAGAGCAUCUAAUUACAGUUGCCUUAACCAUAUGUCUGACGCCAUAUAACCGUAGAUAAAAUGUGUCGAGUGCGUCGUUAAAUAAAACAUUUCUUUCUUUUUAAUUACAGUCGACAAGAGUCACAUUUCGCAUUAGUGUUUUGGCUUUGUACACCUUAAAUCUUUCCAUAAUUUCACUUCAAAUCGAUAUUUUAUAAAUAAAAAAAAACCUUAAUUGCAAGUUUUUCUUCAAACAGUCAUGUGUGUUAGUUAUUUUUAAAUAAAAUAUUUUGAAUGGGAAGUUUUUAGCAUUUGUGUAUCCAAGUGACGUCAUUGAAAUACUGCUAUCAUUUAAAUUAAAAUUAGCUAUUUUAUUACAAUGCUUUGCCAUCUUCAAAAAAAAAACCCCAGCAUCAAUCUACUUACCUUGACCCGUCAAAAUAGUUCAGUUUGAUACUGAGCAAAUAACGUUUACAUCUGUACGUUUUUAUUUUUCAAGACAAAAUAUUAAAUUCCAAGUUUUAAAAGAUGAAAUAAAUAAAAAGUACCAUUUGUCUUAAUAUAUCAUUAAAAAAAAUUUAUCAUUGGAUAUCUUAUAUUUAUUGUGUACAAAGCAAAAACAAGAAUGGAAAGAGAGAUUGUUGUCAACCUCAGUAGCAAAAUGUGCAGUGUCGUUAAACAUUACUUCCCUUUUCUGAUUACAUGAAUCGUUCUCAAAUGUACAGUAAUUAGAAAUUCCUAUACAUUAACUAUCAAAUGUAAUCAUUAAUUAAAAUGAUCUUUUUGUGUUUCACAAUCAUUGAAAUAAAACAGCUAAUUAUUUGUUCAAAUCUAAGGUGAGAAACAUUUGGUACUUUGCAGAUAAACAUUUAUUUUUGAAUGUUUUGUACAGACGUAACAUUUUCAGAUUUCUCUUCAAAUUUUCAGUCUUUUUACUUUGGAGACUGCUUUCAUCCCCAUUACUUCUGAAACUGUUCACAAAAAGUCAAAACAGUGUUCUUCAACUGAACAUGUAUUUAAUUUAAAACAUAUUUAUAAUGAGCAUUCCUGUGUUUAAGGGCGUAAGCUUCUUUAUUGACGUUGUUCACCGCAUAGAUUAUAGCCUGCCUUUCUAUGAAUUUCUUCUCCCUUUCUUUUUUUGUUACGAUUAAAAUAAGUUAUCUGGAGUAAAAAUGUACAUUAUAUUAAAUUUUUCGACAUUCAUGAAAUUGUUCGAGAUAAAUUUGAUGUUAAACCUGUUAGUGUAUUGGCUGAAGAUUUUGUGAUGUGGCCAGUGAUAUGUAUAUACAAGGUUUUUUUAUUGUUCUAUUGGUUAUCAUGUAGUCACUGAAUUGAAUUAUCAACAUUCAUGAAAACCAAUGGCAUUAUAUUUAUUGUAGUCUAAUAUAGACCAAUUUUAUACUAGUGUUGCCUUUAUUUAAAAAAAGUUCGAAAAUUGUGGUGCAUCUUUUAAUUAUUAUUCAGUCUGUUUAUUUCCAUGAUAUAAUGCUGCAUUCAUUUGAUGAUGAUGAAUACAUGACUUCAUCAAGUGGAGAGCAUUCAGGUGAUUUAUAGACAAGAUGCACUGUCACUCCAGAAAAUAUUACCCAGUUAUUUCACAAAAUGAAUGCUCUUCAUAACUUGUGAAUAGGGAAAUAUGAUAUUCUAAUGGACACAACAUAAUUACAUCAAAUGUAUCCAAACUGUAUCAUUAAUACUGAAUUUGAAGAACCAAAUGCCUUUGUUACUUGAUGGUUAGCGUUUUUCCACAAGAAACAUUCUUUGUCGUCUAUUGUUAUUUAAUUUUUGAGACCUUAAUUUUUUGGUAUUUUCACAUUCAUGUCAGUUUUGUCACUGGUUUAAAAAUAUUGUUUCUGUUGAUUACAUUUUGAAACAACAGGCAAACACAAUUUAUGUUUUUUGUAAUCCUGGUUAGUUAGGCGUGUUAAGUUUUUUUUAUUGUGAUCGCCCAUUAUAAGUAUGUUGAUUGUCUGGAAAGCUGUACAUAUUGUUGAGUGUGUAAUAAGUUAUUGGCUUAAUAAUUGUGAUUAUUAUCAUGUAAAGAAAUUCAUUGGAUGUAAUGCACAAGCAUUUUAAUAGUUUAAAAUUCUUUAGGAAGCUUUAAUUUCACUGUUGCAGUCUAAAAUAGCUAACAUUCUAUUCAUGCAGCACGACAUUAACUUUCACUGUAGGGCACAUUUCGUUCCAAAGAAAUAAAUUACUUUUUAAACAUUUAUGCCUGUAGAUUCCACAGAAUAAUAUAGACUAGUGGUGUAUAUAUGUCUAGAAAUUAGAAUCUAUUUUCUGCUCUUCUUUUUUUUAAAUAGUGAAACAUGAACUGUUAAUGUUAGUACGGGAUUGUGAAUAUUAACAUGUUCUUCAAGCAAGACUGAACAUUAUCAACUAGUCAAACCUACUAUAGCUUAAAUGGCGUCUCAUAAAGGCAUUUUGGUAGGUCCGUUAAUCAUCUUUCAUGACAAUAUGGUCCAUAGAAUGGUAUCAGUAUAUGGUGUUCAGACAAUGUCAGAAUUUUAUGUUGUCUAGUUUGUAGGUUUUAUUCUAUGAACAUAGCCACUGACUUUUGUUACACAGUAGCAACUAAUUCAUUUGUUUAUGAGCCUGGUUAGUUUGUAGGUUAUAUUCUGUGGUGUUCAAACAAUGUCAGAAUUUUAUGCCAUAUGCCGAUUUGUAGGUUAUAGUCUGAACAUAGUGAGACACCGAGAGGGUAUUGCUAUACAAUAGGAACAUAUUCAUUUGUUCAUGAUCUGUGCAGUUUCAUUCAUCCACAUCCAUUGACUUCAGUACUGUGUCUUGUUUUUGUCAAUUAGGUUUGUAAAUACUCCAUGCUGAUGUAGAUAUUAAUAAAAGUGUUGAAAGAAAA